AUGGCUCCCUCGUCACACUGCAGCAUACGACUGACCGAGCCCGUCGUCUUCAUUCGCGCUGCAGAAGGGGCAGCGGAGCGCCGACGACAGCGACAGCAAGCCCGCCAAGCUCGUCAGACCGGCUCACGCAAUGCCUCCCGUACGAGAUCGCCCAGCAGGACUCGCUCGCCCGAGAGAGCGAGGUCUCCGGGCAGAGGAGGCCUGCAGAACUCGCCCAUGUCGGCUUACAUCACGAGCAAUACCUCUGCAGCGCCUGGUCUGCCUGUUCAUCAGGCACAACCUGCAGGAACGCGGCAACCGCUAGAUCCCCUAUCGGCGCAUAGUGGACGAGUCUUGGAUGAUUCAGGUGCGACGACGAGCUUGCCGGGCUCGCACAGACCGAAUCAUCAAGCGUAUCCGAGCUCGUCAGCUGUCGCACGAUUGUCCCAGCCAUCCUCGCGAGUACCUACGCCUGGUCACUCACGGCAGGCAUCAGCUUCCAGCACGCCUUUCCGGUCUGCACAGACCAGUCCAGAGCGCACUGGUCGGGAAGCUCAAGCUCACGCCAGCACCGAUAGCUCCAACCUGGGUCAUACCUCUGGUCUCGUCAGCGGUGCAGCCACACCUACGACGCAGCGUGCUAUUGAAGAGGCUCGUGAGCAGGUCGACGUUGUUCUGCCGCCCUCCGUCUUGCGUGGGAUAUUGACCAUCAAUCUCGCGAAACCGACUCGUAUACGCAAGAUCAGCGUGCGUCUCAUAGGCACAACACGAACAGAAUGGCCAGAAGGUAUCGGCCCCAGAAGGCUAGAAACAGCAGACGAGAGUGUCCUGCUAGACGAGAAGCAAAUCUUCUUUGCAGCGAGCGGACAGUCGACAGAGCGACGGGCUUUCUCGGUCGGUCCCGGUACCCGAUCACAUUACGCGGACGAGCACGAUUCACUAGAUCACUCUCGCGGCAGGAAUCCCAUGCGUGUCAUCAGGCAGGAGGCAGCCCUGCGCAUGGGAAGCGUAGAUCGACACUCCAAUCUAUCUGCUGUAGAUAGAAUGGCGUCCAUGUCGCCUGCACCGCCUAACCGUCAUACUACCACCCGUUUGAGCAGUAUGCCUGCUACUAUCAGUCCGACGAGCUCCGCUCCUAGCUCGCCCGCGCAUCGCAUGUCCGAUUUGCCUGCUGUUCAAACCAAUGGCAUACCCGUCAAUGGGGCGCCUCUUGACUCGCCACCUUCCUAUGCCGCCUCUGAAGGUCCUCGACGAUCAUCGAUAAGCAGUAGGCUGUCUGAGACCGUACCAGAAGAAGAUGACGAUGACGCUUCCGUCAUCUCACCUGAGCGGCCGCCCAGCGUGCGUACGAAUGGACGGUCCCCUUCUGUUCGGAGCGCUUCGAGAACGCCCAGCAAGCCACGCUUCGGCUUGCAAUCUUUGGGUAUCUCUUUACGCGGAAAGAGCCAGCAGAGACGAGAUACGAGUCCUGACAGCAUUCGCAAUGGCAGCGUAGACCGUCGAGAUCAGAGCAUUACCCGCAUCAAUGGCAGAGAUCAGAGCAGAGGGCGCAACAAAGCACUCAAAGCCUUGCGAGAAGCCCUCACUGCAAACGAACCAAAUCAGCGCGAUCUUAGCGAUGAUGAAGACGAUGUCAACACCCGCUCACAAGGCUGGAAGGAGUUCAAAGCGGGCGUCUACAAUUACCCAAUAUCCAUGUCGGUCCCGCAGAGCCUGCCCCCGACGAUGCACUGCGACUUUGGUCACGUUACCUAUACCCUGAAAGCGGUCAUCCAACGCGCUGGCGCACUGACCACCAACCUCACGACAGAAACAGAUGUCCAACUCGUCGUUUGUCCUGGCGAAGAGGAUCUCGAAGAGACCGAUAGUAUUGUCGUCGAGCGCUUUUGGGAAACCGAGCUCCGCUAUCUCGUCGCAUUCUCGGGCCGCAAAUUUGCCAUUGGUGGCAAUAUACCUGUUUCACUGCGCCUGAACCCUAUGAACAAAGUCAAGCUGUUCAAACUCACAGUCACACUCGAAGAAAGAGUAGUAUACUAUGCACAUAACCGCAAGAUCACGAGACACGAAGGUGUAAAGAAAUACGUCUUACUCAAACUAGAGCAGUCAGAUUCAGAAGUACCCUUAUUGCCCGUCAUGGACGACUCACCCGAUGCAAUCUCGACUUCACCCCUCAAUCGUUUCUUUGUCAACGCUACCUCGAGCGAAGAUUCUACGCCGCAAUGUCUAGAUCCUAUAGGACCAUGGAAUCUCGAAUCCGAUAUUCGGCUGCCAGACUGCUCAAGCAAUAUUCGCUUCUCAGUCGAGCAUCCUCAAUCGACAAUAGCGGUAUCUCAUACGAUCAAGCUCGCUUUGCGAAUGCAGCGCGGGAAUGAGGAGCAGCUCGACUCGAAAGGCAAGAAGAAGAAAUGGGAUAUCAUCAUCGAUGCGCCCAUCACGAUCUUGUCGUGUCGAUGCCGAUCGAAUAGAUUGCCGACGUAUACAACAGCUAGCGCUAGCCAGCGAGAUACGUCGCCAGACUGCGCCUGUGCGCAAGAAGCUACGCGCACAGGCAGACGUGCGUCAGUCUCUGGCAAUGCAGCUCUUGACAAUCAGCAGCGCUUCGAGCGUCUUAUCGCCGGAGAGGAGUCCGAGGGUGGUGACAGACCGCCCAGCUACGCCGCAACGGCUACGAUCCGCGAGGCCUCUGUCGCACCGAGCGAAAGAGGCCGAUCGCUUUCGACAUCGAUGUCGCGGACGCGGUCAAGCGUGCGACACAGCGAAGGCGUAAUUCAUGAAGAACCUCGAGGCCGUCCGGCCGUUCGCCAAUGA